AUGGGAGAAAUCCCUCCAGAUGUCGUGGAGGAGAUGCAGGAACUAGCAGUGGCGGUUCCAGGCUUGAACUCGCGCUACAAGUUGUUGGACAAGAUCGGAGAAGGAACUUUCUCUUCAGUUUAUAAAGCAGAGGAUUUAACAGGGUCUGUGACCAAAAGUUUUGCGCGUCAUUUCUGGGUCCCUGGAGAGCGCCAGGAACGGCGCUUUGUAGCUUUGAAACGAAUCUACGUCACGUCGUCGCCUACUAGAAUCUACAACGAGCUGAAUCUGCUGUACAUGCUAGGUGGCUCUACACGCGUUGCCCCGCUGUGCGAUGCGCUCCGACACCAGGAUCAGGUUGUAGCAGUUUUACCCUGGUACCGGCAUGAAGAGUUCCGAAAUUUUCACCGUGAUCUUCCCAUAAAGGGCAUCAAGAAGUAUUUGUCUGAACUUCUGCAAGCGCUAAGCUUCGUGCAUUCCAAGGGUAUUAUUCAUCGCGAUAUUAAGCCGACAAACUUCCUUUACAACCCCGAGAUUGGGCGUGGCGUACUGGUGGAUUUCGGACUUGCAGAGAUGGAAAACAGCGCCGUACGCGAAACCAAACAUGCCAAGGAUUUGAGGUCUUUGGAGAACUAUUGUCCUUGCAACGUGAACGAUUCAGUUCAUCAGCAGGAAGACCUGCAGCAUCAUCAUCAGCCAGGACAGUCUGGAGCAUCUAAGGGAAAACCGUCUGUUGUUAUACCUAGUGCUACCACACCUUCGCUCGUGGAUCUCACUAAAGGUUACCCAAAAUACGAAACACGUCGAAAUAAACGAGCCAAUCGAGCCGGUACUCGAGGGUUUCGCGCACCGGAAGUGCUAAUGAAGUGUUCGAAUCAAUCCACAAAAAUAGAUAUAUGGUCAGUGGGAGUAAUAUUACUGAGCUUCCUAGCAAGAAGAUUCCCAAUGUUCCAGAGUCUCGACGACACAGAUUCUUUACUAGAGUUGUGUUGUGUAUUUGGCACCAAAAGGAUGAAAAAAUGCGCUGCUUUACAUGGGUUGGGUUUCGACAUAAGCGGGCUCGAUGGGCUUAGCGCGGAAGGUCACAAAGGCGGUCUGGCUGGAUUCAUUCAGGAACUUCUGCACGCAGAAGUCGAGGCUGGAACUUUCCCCAGCUACUCAAUUGCAUUUGAAACCUAUGAAUAUCUUGUCGACAAGUCCACGGGUGAUAACAUAGCUCCUUCGACUCGACAUCAUGGUAUGGAGGAUGUGGCUAAUCAAAAUCUCAAAAAGUAUCACGACGAGGUUUGGAGUGAUCAUUAUUGGUGUUUUGAGGUUUUAGAUCAGUGUUUAACGCUAGAUCCUCAUAAGAGAAGUACUGCCGAUGAGUUACUUUCUUCAACAUUUUUUAACGAACUUGUGGAUUCUGAUUGCACAGAGGAAAACGACGACGAAGACGAUGUCCUCAUAAUUGAGAAGUAA